CCUAGUCACCGCUGGCGCAUUUAGUGUUUCAGCACAAUGAGUCACGUCGCUAAGGGCGAGAAAGAGUACGACGCUACGGGUGCCCAACUAGCACCCUCCCAAAUACACAAAAUUCGCAUCACUCUCACUAGUAGCAACGUCAAGAACCUCGAGAAGUUCAGCCAUGAUUUGGUAAACCGUGCCAAGGACAAGGAACUGCGUGUCAAGGGCCCAAUCCGUCUCCCCACCAGGGUGCUCCGUAUUACCACUCGUAAAACUCCUUGCGGUGAGGGUUCCAAGACAUGGGACCGUUACCAAUUGAGGAUCCAUAAGCGCAUUAUUGAUCUUCACUCUUCUUCUGAGAUUGUCAAGCAGAUUACUUCUAUCUCCCUGGAGCCUGGUGUAGAAGUUGAGGUCACCAUUGCCACUUAAAUGUUUUCCUGAUUGUUGCUCUCAUGUCCAUGGUACAUAUUCCCGCGCGCAUCUAAUCAUCUACAUGGUUGGCAUUUUCUCCUAGCUCUGGUCUCAGCAGUGAGCAUUUCCAAGUGCAUCUUGUGCCUCUACGUUCGGUCUACGACAUGGUUCUCCGCAUCAGACCGAUCUACCUUCGCUCCAAAGCCUCUACAAAUCUCUUUUCCCAUUUGUUUUUUACUUCGCCCCUCUCGCCCAUCAUCGUCAGCUGUAUUGUGGUCUCAUCGUCACCCCUGCCCCCUCGUAUGGGACGAGGUCAAAGCGACCAAACGCCCAAUUGAGGAUAACUCUCCCUUCAUCCGCUAAAGAAAUGAAGCCCUUCACUCGGUAUAUCACAUCUUUGGGUAAUACUGAAAGCGCCUGUUCAACUGCUAGCGCGACACAUGUGAACGAUUGAGUGUGAUAGUGGC